GAAAUGGAUGCUUUAGUUGCUUAUGGAUCUGACAGUGAAAACAGUGAUUAUGGAGGGGAUGAAUUGAGAGAGAGAAGAAGAUCUAAAAGUGGAGGAAGGGAUAAUAAUGAAGUUAAACAAAAAGAAAUUGAUACAAGGAUGGAUGAUAUCGAUGAUGAUGGAAGUAAAGCACCUCGACAACAUGCUGCAGCUGAUAUAGAUAGUAGUGAUACAGAAUUUGACGGCCCUGCAAGAGAGGAUGGGGAAGAUUCUGAAGAUGAAAAUGAAGAUAUUAUGGAACAGGAAGAUGAGGGAAAUGAAACAGAAGAAUUUGUGUUAAGUGGAAUUCCAAAACAUUUACUUUCGGCAGACCCCCAAACUUCAAUAGCUGGGGCCUCAACACCGGGAGGGGCUGCUGGUUAUACCCCACGUGCACUCCCACCUGAAGAAGAAGCUGCUUUGUUGGCAGCUGAUGAAAAGCAAUUUACAGAUCAACAACAGGCAGCAAUUGGUGUUCAAGUACCUCCAUCACCCCCUGGGGGAUGUUCGCCUACUUUAAUGAGAAAAUUUGCCGGUUUUUUUGAAAGAAAAGAGCAUGGAUUAAAUAUGAAUGCAAUGAUUAAAGGCCGUCGGGAUUUUAAUAAUCCUUCACUUUAUGAAACUUUGGUAGAUACUUUUGGUAUUGACGAGAAAGGAACUAAUUUUUCAUCUGAAGUGUUUGACCCUAGAGCUUUUCGGCCAGAAGAUUUUUAUAUAGCUUUGGGUAGGUUUUUGAUAAAAUAAAUAUGGGAAGUAGCUUUAGGUGUUGAUAAGAAAAUACUUAAAAAAUUAUCGUAGAAACUAAAUACAAUAGAUUUCUAUUAAAUUAAAGGUGAUCACCAAACAACGCAAGAAUUAAAACGUAAACGUCACCAAAAAAAGGAAUGAAACAAAAAUAAAUAAAUAAAUGAAUAGUUUUUAUUUCUGAUUAAAUAUUUUUUUAAUAAAUUUGUUUGUCUUAUGAAAAAUCUUGGUUGUUUUAAGUUGAAUUUUAGGGUCCAUAGCUUUGUUUGCCUUCUAAAAGUGUUUUUUUUGUUAUUUUAAGGAGUUUAUUUCUCGGGAGAUGCUUCUUUCAUAUUUCCUGUUUUUACUUAAACAGGUAUCCUAAGGUGGAGGCAAUCAGUUAUUGUUUAUAUCCCCUUAAGUGUAUUGAUAUAUUAACUACUAGAAUAUCCCUAUCCCCCACACAGUUUUUCUAAAAAAUUUCCCCAAUUUUCCCCAAAUCUUCCCAAAUAUUUUUUUCUCCCUCAAAUAAUUAUUUUUACCUUUCUCUCCCUCCCUUUUAAAAAUCUAUUAGCAAUAAAGGCCAAUAUAUUUUUUUCU